AUGUACAACGACAAGCGCUGGGUCCCGCACGCCGAGCUCGGCAACAACUUUAUUCGCGAGCUGAGCGAGCUCACGGUGGGCCUCGCCGGGUACGGGCACAUUGCUCGCGAGACGGCGCGCCUGUUCUCGUCGUGCGGCGCCAAGGUCGUCGCCCUGAACCGCUCGGGCAAGCCGGCGCCCGAGACGGGCUUCACGAUCCCGCACACGGGCGACCCGUCGGGCUCGAUCCCGGACCAGUACUACUCGACCGAGUCGCGCUCGUCGACGCUCGACUUUUUCGCCCGGUGCGACGUCGUCGUCAACACGCUGCCGGACAGCGAGGCGACGAGGGGCUUUGUCGGGCGCGACGAGCUCACGGCCAUGAAGGGCGACGCCAUCUAUGUCAACAUCGGGCGCGGCACGACGACCGACCAGGACGCGCUCGUCGAGGCGCUCGAGGCCAAGGCGCGCGACGGCGAGGACGAGGGCGCGACGGGCACCGUCACGGUCCCCGAGCCGCUGCCCUCGUCCUCCCCGCUCUACACCCUCGACAAUGUCGUCCUCACGCCGCACAUGAGCGGCCUCAGCAAGCUCUACUUCAACCGCUGCGCCGAGGUCCUGCGGCAGAACGCGGCGAGGGUCCGGGCCGGGCGAGGAGCGCUCAACGCGUUCCGCGGCAGGGGCGAGGACGACUGA